UUGGUCCUCCUCGGCCACCGUAGGCUGCUUUGAGUCAACAGUAUGGCGGCGCUCAGCGCUGGGUUCGGGGUAAAUAAAGAGUUUAGAGAGUAAAAAGAGCUCCUGGACCCGUUUACAGACUGCAGUUCAUAUAGGGAGGUUUACAACAGAGGGUUAGACUGAUGUUAGAGGAGAUUAAAGCGGUAGUUUUUACUGAAUCUUUAGUUUAAUAAAGAGAGGUGUAAACUCAGUCAUCUUACUCCUCCUGUGUGUUUCCAUAGAUAGUUAGCUUGUUAGAUAGAUUUCUUCACAGACAGGCAGACAGAUAGACAGAAAGAGAGAGAAAAACAUACAAACAGAUAAGUAAGUUAGGUUACUUUGUUUGCUAGCUUGUUAGUUAGCGUUAGGUAGGAAGGUAGCUGUAGCUAGCUAGUUGAGUAGUUAGAUAAGUAGGUUAGUUAGUUAACGUAGUUAUUUGGUUAAAUAGUAUUAGCUAGAUUAGGUAGUUAGAUUGAUAGGUAACUUAGGUAGUAAGUUAAGUAACUAACUUAGAUAGAUAGACAGACAGACACACCGGUUAGUUAGUUAAAUAGGUUGGUUAGGUUAGUUAACCUAGUUAGUUAGGUGGUAUUAGCUUUAUAAGAUAUAUAGAUAUAUAGAUAGAUACGUUAGUUAUUUAGUUAGUAAGUUAGUUGGUUAGGUAGGAUAGGAUAGUUAUGAUGGCAGGAGGAUCCGAGUCUGAGGCUCAGUUCAGGUUUGUCGUAGUAGGAGGAGGAAUCGCUGGAGUCACCUGUGCUGAACAGCUCGCACUGCAGUUCCCCUCUGAGGCUGUAGCUCUGCUGACCGCUGCUCCGCUGGUGAAGACUGUGACCAAUUUCAAGCAGGUCUCCAAGACCCUGGAGGACUUUGAUGUGGAAGAACAGCCGUCCAGCAUUCUGGAGGAGAAAUAUCCUAAUCUGAAAGUCAUUCAGUCUGCAGUCCGAGGACUUCAUGCAGAUCAGCAUACGCUGCAGACUGAGAACGGGCAGAUUAUUCAUUAUGAGAAGUUGUGUAUCUGCACCGGCGGCAGGCCUAAACUCCUAAACCAGGAUACUCCUAAUGUACUGGGCAUUCGAGACACAGACAGCGCUCAGGAGUUUCAGAAGCACUUAUCAAAAGCGAAGCGUAUGCUAGUUGUUGGAAAUGGAGGAAUUGCUUUGGAACUGGUGUAUGAAGUGGAAGGCUGUGAAGUGAUCUGGGCUAUAAAGGAUAAGGCCAUAGGGAAUACGUUCUUCGAUGCUGGAGCUGCCCAGUUCCUCAUCCCAUCACUAGAGGCUGACAAACCUGAGAGAGCCCUGCCUUGUAAAAGAGCACGAUACACCACCGACAAAACCACAGCCUCUACAGAAGAAUCAAAGGAGCUUGGUAGUGCCUUAGGACCUGACUGGCAUGAGGGCAUCAGCCUCAGAGGAACAGAAGAGGUUUCCCACAGAGUUCAUGUAGAGUAUGAGUGUGAGAUUGAGAAGAUCUACUCCCAGCAGGACUUCCUUCAGUCUCCUCUGUACUCACAGAAAUCACAGGAUUUAGGGGUGUGGCCAGUGUAUGCUCAUUUAACCAAUGGGAAGACGUAUGGAUGCGACUUCAUUGUCAGUGCCACUGGCGUGGUGCCCAACACUGAACCUUUCCUUAAAGGCAACAAAUUUGAGCUGGCAGAGGAUCGGGGUCUUAGGGUGAAUGAUCACAUGCAGACGUCUGAGCCAGACGUGUACGCAGCUGGAGACGUGUGCACUGCAGGCUGGGAGCACAGCGCUCUCUGGCAGCAGAUGCGUUUAUGGACGCAGGCGAGGCAGAUGGGCUGGUACGCUGCACGCUGCAUUGCAGCCGAAGUGUCGGGAGAGGCCAUUGAGCUGGACUUCUGCUUUGAGCUCUUCUCUCACAUCACCAAGUUCUUCAAUUACAAGGUGGUGCUGUUGGGGAAGUUUAAUGCGCAGGGUCUGGGUUUAGAUCACGAGCUGCUGGUGCGCUGCACUAAAGGUCAGGAGUACGUGAAGGUGGUGCUGAGCGGAGGACGCAUGGUUGGGGCGGUGCUUAUCGGGGAGACAGACCUGGAGGAGACGUUUGAAAACCUCAUUCUGAACCAGAUGGACCUGUCCGCGUACGGCGAGGAGCUUCUGAACCCAAACAUCGACAUCGAGGACUACUUCGACUGAUCUUGUAGUUCAGGAACUCUGAAGAAGCGUGAGAGGUUUUAAUGUCAUGGUUUAAAAAAGUACAAGAAGAAAAGUCUCUUAUAGAGAUUUAGUGCAAAAUCUUUAUCGAGAUGCAAUUAGGGAUGUUUAAUUUAAAGGCAAAUAGGCACUUUUUCAGGGAUUUGGCGAUUCAGUUUUGCUUAUUGGAUGAUAUUUCUGAUGCCUUUUCAUUACAUAAAUUUACCCUAAUAAUAAAUAAUAAAUAAUUUAAUUAUUAUUACUCA